CCAAGUUCUAGUGCACUACCCUCUCAAUCUUUACCCAACCCUAAGGGUGGCAUCAAUGCCAUUACCUUGAGGUCCGAAACUAAAUUGCAAGAGAGGAAUUCCGAAGCACCUAGCCCAAGGAAAGUCACUCAAGAUGGGGAUGGGGAUUGAGGUAGAAGAAAUUGAAGAAGAGGGUAAGGUACAUGAGGUAGUUGAAGAAGAAGUCAACCAACAAAGAGAUGGAGUUUCUAAGGACGGAGAUGUCUUGGAAGAAGUUACUCCUAUUCCAUUUCCUACAUUGACAAGGAAGACCAAGAAGCGUGUAGAGCUUGACCCUAAAAUGGUGGAGAUGUUCAAAAAGGUUGAGGUAACUAUCCCUCUUUUUGAUGCUAUCCACCAAGUCCUUAAAUAUGCAAAGUUUCUAAAGAAUUUGUGUAUGAACAAGGAAAGAAUUCAUGAGUUAGAAACUAUUCCAUUGGGGAGCUCUAUUUCGGCUUUGAUGGGAGUAAUACCGGAAAAAUGUGGUGAUCUGGGCCCUUGCUUAGUCACUUGCACCAUAGAUGGAGUCCAAUUCGUAGAUUGCAUGUGUGACCUUAGUGCCUGUGUUAGUAUUAUGCUACUAUCUGUGUAUCAUUUGUUGAAGCUACCACCGUUGAAAUGGUCGGCAGCUCGAUUUGUAUUGGCAGACAAGAGCAUAAUAUCUGUAGUUGGUAUUGCGGAGGACGUGCUAGUGAGUAUAAAGGGAUUGGUUUUUCCCAUUGAUUUCCACAUUCUUGAGAUGCCGCCUAGUAAAUCCGAAAGAACAUCGUCUAUCCUGCUUGGGAGGCCAUUCUUGAGGACCUCUCGGUUCAAAUUAGAUGCUUUUUCGGGUAUUUAUUCUUUUGAGAUUGACGAAAGAGUUGUGAGCUUUAGUCUUGAUGAAGCCAUGAGACACCUUCCGGAGGAUCAUUCAAUUUUCUACUGUGAUUUGAUUGACAAUGUGGUGGCCGAAGUACAUAAUGCUAGUCUUGAUGUGAAGUGUAUGAUUCAAAGUCCAAGUGUGGGGAGCCCCUAUGAAUGUGAAGAGAACACCUUACCCACUCCGGUCUUACCCGAUGAGCAAAUGCUGAGUCAUGAACAAAGUGUAGAGUUGAAACCACUUCCUCCCCACCUAAAAUAUGCCUAUCUUAUUGAAGAUCACAAGCUCCGUAAUUGUUGCAAGAGAGCUCACUUUCCAACAAGAGGAGAAGUUGCUUCAUAUCUUGAGGAGAAACAAAAAGGCUAUAUGGUGGAGUUUGGCGGACUUAGUGGGCAUAAGCCCUCAAGUGUGUGAACACCGAAUCUUUCUAGAAGAAGGAGCUAAACCCAUUCGACAACCUCAAAGGCAUUUGAAUCCUACCAUUCUAGAGAAGUCCGGUAUUACUACAAUCAAGAAUGAGAAUGGGGAGCUCGUAGCUACAAGAGUACAAAACUCAUGGAGGGUGUGUAUUGACUACCGGCGUUUGAACAUGGCCACUAGGAAGGAUCACUUUCCAU